UCCUACCGUACAUCUCCUGUCAUCUGCAUUCAUUUGGAGUUUUGGAUGAGUACAAUAUCCUAUAUUAUCUCCCACUGAGUGUACAGUAGCAUUUACAUGGCGGAGCAGUUGGAAAGUUGGCUUAUAUCUAUGAACAUCAUUUUCAGGUUUGUCAACAGCUCUCGCUUCUUACUCGAGAAACUAGAACUGCUUUUGCUUUUACAGUGACGAAAUCAACUCCAAAGCCUUUUAUUGCUUAAACAAAGAAUUUGCAAUAUAACAAAAAGCAAUUAAUUACAGCAAUAAGAAGCUGCAGUUAGCAAGAAUUAAGUAUGAACUACUUAACAAACGUUCUUUGUAGGCUGUCGCUCUUCACCAGUCCCAGUCUAAACCUAUAUACACCGCAAAAUGCAGACUGCAUUGUGUCACCGCUCAACUUCACCUCUCUUUCUGAUGUUUGUCGGGCGCCCAGUUGUGGUACAGAAGACGUGAUUGACCUUCCACAAGACGUAACUACUCUUGUGUCUGUCCUCAACGAUACAUCUCACAACGACAUCUGUUUACAGCCUGGAUGUGUUAGUUCAGCUGCUGAGAUCUUAUCAAACUUGAAUGAGAAUGUGGACCCUUGUGAUGACUUCUACCAGUUCGCCUGUGGUGGUUGGAUCAGCAAACAUGAUUUGCUCGAGGAUAAAGUGCACGUUUCCGUUCAUACUGAAGUUCAAGAUGACCUUGCACUUGCGCUUAGAGUUCUCUUAGAGAAGAAGUUGAAAGGAUCCGAACCUGAUUUCAUUCAGACAAUAAAAAGAAUGUAUGACACAUGCAUGGAUAUCCAAAAACUCGACAAAGCGGAAAAAGGGCCACUGAACAACAUUCUGAAUGAUCUUGGUGGCUGGCCGUUGCUGGAAGGGGGCAGUUGGAAUGAAAAUUCCUUCAACUGGAUUGACACUCUCAUUCAGCUCCGCAGAAAGGGCUACAGUCAUGAUAUCUUUUUAAAAUUCGUUAUUGCACCAGAUCAUAGGAACACUGCCCAGCACGCUAUAUUGGUAAGUACACAGAUUUGA